AUGAUUCUCUUUGUCAAAAUUGCAGGUCAACAGGUGGCAGACCCGCCAAUAAUUGUUAACUUUCCAACCAAGGAUUUACUUGCUCCCGAGGAUGUUAAGUUUAGUAGACAAAAUGCCUUGAAAUUAUUAUGUGAUGCUGUUGGGAGUAACUUGAAAUGGACCUGGAAGCACAAUGGCACAGCAAUUACGAAGCCCGGUGGUAAGUUCACCGUUGGUGCCUAUGGAACCUUAUACGGAAGUUACCUUGAGAGUGCACAGAGUGGAAAUUACCAGUGUUUUGUCAGGGACACUGUUACUGGAAUCGAGACAUUCAGCAGGAAGAUACAGGUUGCUGUUACGGGUAAGGAGUCAUUUCCGUAUCAUUAGCAUAAGCAGUUCAACAGAUCUAAACAACAACAAAAAAACAAUAAAGCCCAAGGCUGUGCUUUUAAUGCAGAGCCUGAAAAAAAAUUAAUUCCAGCUUGUUCUUUGGGCAAGCAGCCCUCACAUUUGGCUUGUCCAAGGCCAUUUCCUGUUUGUCUAAAGUAUAUUAUGAUUUUGUUAGAGGAUGACUUGGCUGAAACCUUCAGUCAAGUCAGCUUUAAAAGUUACUUGCCCAGCAAGAAUAUCUCUUUUCCUCAGCGGACUAGCGGAUUUGACUUUUUUUAGCCCUGCAGAAGGCAAGUAAAAAGUCAAGAGUCCUUCAUUAUAACCCUAAGCGAAGUCCUCCACAUUGCAAGAGUCAAAAACUCUUGGCUAUAUGCUCUAAAAAAACUGAAAGGAGCCAGGUGCUCUGAACCUGUGAAAUCCAGGGUUCAACCACAAAUGUGCUUGACUCUUCUAAGUGCAACCCUGACUAAUUGGGGGCAACAAGAGGAGCCCGCAAUCGUAAUCUCCAGGUUAUUAUUACGCAUACGUCACAUGUAUGUAGACAGCAUUUGUCUGGACUUCCACUUUGAAUGAAUUGAAUGCACAGAACACAAUUUGAUCACACGUUUGGACCUUCUGUCACUCAUAAUCUCACCUGAGAUCAGGCGUAUUUUUUUUUUUUUUUGCUUCUUUGCUUUUUUGGCUCGAGAGGGAAAAAAACAGAUUACAGAGAUAAAGGGAGAGGGCAUGAUCGCAGGCUACUCAUAAUCUGAUCACGCGUGUUUUGACCUAUGAUCUGUCACGUGAAAGUUACGGGAAGCGUAGCACUGGAGCAAAAGCGUUUUAAGCUUUGAUCUUUGUCUCCACACUCCGUAACCUUUGGUUAUUACUAGUUUAUAGUAUUCUUCUUGUUUCCUUGUUCAGUUGUAGGGACAUUCACCAAUCAAAAUGUCCGGGAGGAGUCUGUAGAUCUUGGGCAAGAGAUUAGUAUUGACUGUCCACAGCACUCUGCCAGUUAUGGUGUCAGCUACUCAUGGAAGGGGAAAAUCAAUACUGUGGACAUACAGUUCAAGAGAAGUGAUCGACGCGCCAUCUCACAGACAGGGCAACUAUUAAUCAUGUAUGUUACCCAGCAAGACAUUGACGAUUUUGCAGAGUAUGACAGCCAAGGAAUCAGAUGUUUUAUGACUGGAGUAAACGGAUUUGAAAGUUCUGGUCUUUUAAAAUUAAAGAAGAAAAAUCCAGGUAAAUUCUUUGUUUUUGAUAAAAGGAAAUCUCAAUGACUAAGAAGAAGAACUCCCAUCCCAUUAAGUAUCUGCAUUACAUGCAACAUUUUGGAAUUUUCCCUCUGACCUGGUGUCCAUCAUAUGAUAUUGGUGAAAUUAGGCUGUAGGCUAUUCUCUGUUUUGACUGUCACACCGUCAAAAAUAAAAAUUGAAACUAUUCAAUACAGGAGGUCUAGAAUCUUGGAGAUGAAAGAUGAUAAAUACGAGUAUGAAAAAAGCCUUGCCAAGAGACAGGUCUGUGCAAUAUUUCAUGAAAUUGAUGCGACGUACUCUGUACUCAGAAAAAUGUUUUGUCCAAAGUUCAAAGCUUUACAUGGAGAUGCCAUGUUGGUAUCCCUUGGAGGGGCACAGAAAUUAAUAGGGCGUUUCUACAAAAGUAAGAAUUCAUUGCUUCAGGGGCUCAAACACAUUAAAGUUGUAUUUUAUUUUGAGACAAGGAAUGUUCAGAUAGGAAAAUCUCAAAAAGUUGACGAUGCUUUUAGCCGAUGUAGUACAGUGUACAUAAAGGAAAAUCUCAAAAAGUUGAUGAUGUUUUUAGCCUAUGUAGUAAAGUCCAGACAUAACUAAUCGAUGCUGAAUGACAUCAAUGAGUAAUUGAUGAGUAAACAUUGGGUAAUCAACUGAUUAGUCAUUGAUUAUUCGCUAUAAUCAAUGGGUAAUCGAUCGCCAACAAUUUUGCGGCCUAUCAAUUACUCAUUAAUGACAUUGAUUACUCAUUGAUGUCAUUGAUAAGUAAUUGAUGUGUUCGGUUACUCAUCCAUUAUUUGAUGAUAAUCUAUCGAUUAGUCAUUGAUUACACAUCUCGUACUAUUUCUAGCAAUUUUCUUUCUCAACUUAUUUCCAGUGAUAAAAAUUUACAUUAAUGGUUCUUGACGAUAAUAAUAGCCAAAAUAGGAAUUGAACUUGCAUGUAGAAAACCAAUUUAUAUAGGCCACGACGAAAACAGAACAGCAAGUCAAAUUUAUUUAUCGAACAGUAACUGAAAUAUCAAAAACAAAAUGUUGAGAAGGUCGAGUUAUCUUUCUUACUUUCUUGGUUAUUAGAGUCUCAGUGUCUUUGUUGAGAAACAGCCAGCACAGAGUGCCUACCGGGUAAACGUUUUUCGCAUCUAAGGUGGUGGUUUCAAUUUAUCCAGAUUUAUAGAAACUAAAAGGGGUUCUUGAAAGUGGUUCUUGGACAAUUUUCAAGAUUGAAUAGCCUUGAGUUUCGAGAAUCGUCAAGGUCUGGUUCAACAACAAGCGCAAGCUUGCUGACAGCUCUACUGAAGAUACUUCAGGACCUUCAAAUGCUGCUGUUGUUGCAUAACAUGAAUAAGUAAAGCUUGUAUCGUGACAUUUAUGUCAAAGAAGUCUUUGUUUCUUUAUUUGCGAUUUGGUAUGGUUUGAGUACCCGCAAGAUUAUACCGAUAACUAAUCAAUGACUAAUUGAUGACUGAAAAUUUUGUGGCCUAUCAAUUAUUCAUCGAUUACUCAUUGAUUAUUGGAUAUAAUCAAUGACUAAUCAACUGAUUACCCAUCAAUUACCUAUUGAUUACUUAUUAAUUUCAUUGAUGUCAUUGAUUAGUUAUGUCUGGUACAGUGUACAUGUACAUGAGUAGCUAAGUGCCAUGUCACUCAAAAGCUUGGAAAUUCAAGCACCCUCUAUCAAUCACCAAACAAAGUUUAACCCUUUCAAACCAAAAAUUUGUAUAAAUGAAGGUGUUAAGCUGCUGUAUUACAGUGUACAUUGUACAUGUACCUCAUGGAAUUAAACACUCAUCAGACUCAAAUUUUGAAUUUUGGUGACAUCAUGUGAAAACCGAGAAUUGAGGUUCUUAUAAUGUUUCUUAAUUUAUUAAGAAAAAAGCUUUUGUUGCUGGAAGAAUUGUUCACAGGAACCUUUUGAGGCUUAACUGGGAAAAAUGCAGGUUCUUUGUAUUAUUAUUAAUAGAAUUUAUGCCAUUUUUUACCGAAAAAGUCUCUGAAAAAGGGAGAGAAAGAGAGGAGUCAGGACUACGACGUAUACAGUGUACAUAAGCAAGGGUAAAUGUUUUACAGAUUUGAUUGUGUAUUUUGUCUUAGGUCAAACAGAUCCACAGACACCAAGAGCGCCUGCAUGGAGGCUCAUACCUGCUGCCAUAGAAACGGCUGUGGAGGGAAGGAAUAAAACUUUGUAUUGUCUUGCAGUGGGAAGGUUAGAGCUUAAUAUUAUUUUGGAUGAACAAUUUUCAUACUGAAUUCUUUUCAUUUAAGUCAAUAUCAGUGGUAGUACUGAAUAUUGGAUGGGUUUGUGUUCAGAAAAAUUAGGGAUCCAAUUUUUGGGGGGUUAACCCUGGAGGCUCGAUCUCAAUGCAAAUACAUUCCUUAAACAGCCAACUUCUUCUUACACCCAUUCAUUAAAAUUUGGUAUCUGGUCAUUAUCUCGUUACUUACAGACCUGCGCCAACGAUAACUUGGAAAAAAAACAGAGGUGGAAACUGGCAAAACCUUGUACAUGGACAAGAUAGUUUUGAGAUUGCUAGUGCUUUCCAAGGAAGAUUGCUUAACAUUAUAUCUGUGAAACAAAACAGGCAUCAGACCACGUACCGUUGUGAGGCUGAGAAUUCUGAAAGUGGUGGAAACCCCUUGGUCCAUGAUAUACAGCUGAAUGUUGAAGGUAAAUGUCUUUAGUGUCGUCUCAAUCUCAUGCACCGAUCCUUUCAAUGAUCAAAUUAAGCACGUCAAUCUUACUGUCACACUAAAUCACCGCCUGGUUAGCUUAGUUGGGAGAGUGCUGGUCUGCCGAGUGGUGAGUCAUGGGUUCAAACUCUGGCUGGACCAACACUCAGGGUCUUUAAAUAACUGAGAUGAAAGUGCUACCUUUGUAAUGACCUCUGCAAACGGUUUUUUUUUCUAGGCCUCUUGGAUAAGGAUGAAAAACAGUAUGUUCCAUCUCAAAGCGCUUUCACUUGUCCAGUUCUUUUUUUAGCGUGAUGUAAAACCAGAAUCCACACCACUGUUCGAAAAGAGUAGGGGACGUAGAACCCAGUGGUGUGGCAAAGCUUUCCUGGGGUGGGUUGGUCUCUGUAAGGAAUGAUCUUAAUAAUACACUGUAGGGAUGUCAUAAUAAUAUAUAAUAUUAAUAUACAAUAUUUAUAGAGCGCUAAUUCCCAAUGGUCCAAAUUGGUACCUUAACAGCAGUGAUUUUGUUACCUCUGCGUCCUGCAUCCCUGAUGCAUAAAAAUCCCCAAAGACACAUUUUUCCUUGAAAGGUCCUUAAAUUUCUGUGCAAAUCCUUGAAAAAUCAUUGAAUUGUCUUUAACUUUAACCUUAGUGGCCCGGAAAGUGUUUUUUGACGCUUUUUGGUUGUCUAAGACAAUAUAAAACAUCGCUCAGAGAAUUUAAAGGUCAUUUACAUAAAGCACUCUUUGUUUUACGCACUAAUUAACUAUCAAAUUAAGACAAGUGAACUGAAAAAUGUAGACAAGUUGGUAAAGCAAACAGUUCAAGCCUUGAACUCUUGUUCGAACAGACUGGGUAUGUGCCUGUUUGUACAAUCUGUGAACGUAUAUAUUCCUGGUCCUUGAAAUCGAAUGUGGACCUUAAGAAGUCUUUUUAAAGUCCUUGAAAAAUGGUUGCAAUGUUUUGUAUGAACCUUGUAACAUGUAGACAUUUUUAUUUUGACUGGGGCAUAAUUAUUUUAAAGAAACUUCAGUUGGUGGUGAUACAGUGCAACUGAUUAUUUGAUUGAUUCCCUUUGAAGUUGCUCCAAAGUUUAUAGCAUCGCCUCCGCAACAAGUUGAAAUUGAUGUUUAUGGCAAUGGCAGCUUAACAUGCGAUGUAUCUGCAGACCCUUCGCCAUCUUUUAAGUGGUACAAGGAUGGAAAACAACUCACAACAUCAACGUAAGUUUUGUAACAAUUGUUUCUCUUAGUACACGCUUUGUGAAUUGGUAAAUGUAAAGGCCACACCCUGUCUUUAUUCUCACACGUUGUUAUGAGCGCUAACUUUUGAUUUUUACUAGAUUUUAUUUGAAGAGUCAGGGAAAACUUUAGAGCUCUCAAGAAUCAUUUGAAUGCAUAAGAAUAUCAUGUAAUUUAAUACUCUACACAUCCUAGUUGAGCUAAACGUUUUGCACUGGAAACUUAUAAUUCAGUCUAGGAGUGCAUUUGGAAGUUAUCUGUAUGACGUUCAUAACUUGAAUAUAAAGAGAUAAAAAUAAUAAUACGUUGUGUAAAGGCAUGAAAAAAAAAAAUUUUCUCCUGCACCAAAAAGCUGAAGAAAAUAUGAAGUGCAAGGUGAAAGCAAAUUAUUUAGAGGUCAACGGUCAAAUUGGGAAAGGUUCUACUACUGUUGUUGUUUUUGUUGUCCAAGUUGGUAGCAAUCCCAAGAAAGAAGCUAAAAAGUCCCAGGAGGCGUGAUGACAAGUAUAUUUGCACUCAUCAGAAAACUCAAUUUAAACUUGACAUAAUCUGCGAAAACGACCGUUUCUCCUCACUUUUCGCCGCUGAGGACGUUUCGCGAGGAAUAACGUCUGCAACUCAGCCACAGAAAUUCCGUACUAAUGACGUAAAAUUGUUUACGAAUGACAGGCAAAAGACAAAAGGCAAUACAAAAGGCCACGAAGGUCAAAUGUAAACGCGAUGAAUCUCUAACAAAACAGUCAAAACUGGUGGAACAUAUUCUUCCCUAGAAGAAGCUUUUGAGUUUUGCUGGAGCUCGUUCGCAGAUGAACACCACACUUACGUAAAAUCGACCAGGAGAAACGUAAAAUUGAACAAAUUUGGUCGUGGAACCCCAUGACUACCGGAUAUAUUAUGUAAACAUUGAUUUACGUCAUCAGUAUGGAAUUUCUGUCGCUGAGUCGCAAACGUUCCUCCACGCGAAACGUUCCUAGCGGCGAAGAGCGAUGAGAAACGGCUGUUUUCGCAGGCUAAACUUGGCAGUGUUACACAUAAACCUCUCCUCCCUUGCCCCUCUUUUAUUGCUAGUCGCAGGUACGGUUUCAGUAUGUUACUUACCACGGAAAUAGAGGAUAUUACAUGGCCGCGCGGAGAUACGAAAUUUCUCUUCGAGUGUUGAAUUAUUUCGCGAGUGAGCGCAGCGAACAAGUGAAAUAUUUUUCAGCACGAGAAGAGAAAUUUCGUAUCUGCAAGCGGCCAUAAACACCCAACCUUUUUCACUUUAUUAGUUUUUGCUGUGAAAGGCGCGAUUUAUUACUUGUUAUUUUCACACGUGAAGGUAUCAUGUUUUCGCGCGAAAGCUCACUUGGUAUUUUAUUGGUGUUUAUACAAUAAAAUGUUGUAUUUCACAGUGUGCAUGUAAUAUUCAGUGGCAACAAGUUGGUUUUGAAGAAUGUAAGGAACCCGGAUGAAACUGGAAUUUAUCAAUGUGUGGCGGAGAAUCAACAUGGAAUGAUCGUGUCUUUCACGUAUGUCAAAGUUAUAGGUAAACACUUGGAAAAUUGCAUAAAUAGUAAAAUUUCCACUCUAAUACUGGCGUGUUAGAUAAGGAAAACUUAACAUUGCAACUUUUGUAUAAGACGAGGAAUACUAGACUUUGCUUGGAUGCAGGAAAAACAAACAAACAAACCGCAAACAAAAAAGGUUGAGAUCACCGCACAAACUUAUGCAAUAAACACUGCCUUUUGCGCGUUUUGAGUCUGCUAGUAUUUUCCUGAAGGGUAAAAUUUCUCACACGCGAAUUUCUCUUUUUGCAGCCAUAAAACCAUCUUUCGCGGAGUCCGGAUUUGGUCCAUUCUACUUGUUCAAAGGCACUGAAGGACGAUUGAAGUGUAAUCCAAAAGCAGCUCCACGGUCAACUAAAGACCAAUAUAAAUGGUAUAAAGGAACCACACUACUGACGUCAUCAUCACCCUACAGAAUAGAGUAUGGGGAAUACAGUACAUU